AUGCGCACCAAGAGCUGCUUGAAGCAGUCGUCCUUCACGCCUUCUCCUGAGCCCGCCGAACGCGGCGAUGCCAGCCCUAUCUAUACCGAACGUAGGAAGUCGGUUACCUUCAGUAUGAAAGGCGAGGAGGAUAUCCAAGAGGAGGUGUUCUAUGCAGACGAAUGGGACCGUUCGCCCAUUGAGGCUACGCCCAAGUUGACCUAUCGCGACGUACUCGAGCUCAUGGAGCUGAGACUGUCAAUCCCUCGAAUUCGAUUUCCAGGACGCCAGCGCGGAGGGUCCUUGGACUCGCUCACGCGAUCACCUUCGCAAUAA